UUUUUUCUGAAUGGACAGGACUGGAGCCGUACGUAUGAACAUUUGUGCUCAUUUCGACUUGGAUUCACCUGCUGGAUGUUGUAUGGGAUGAGUGUCAUCUUCUUCCGGCUUCAGGUUGAGCACCCAUGUGAAGGCGGGUGCAACGAGGAAUGAUAUCCGAUUACCCAUCCCAUGAUUGUUCACCGUGACCGCUUCCCCCGUGGGCCCUGGUCGUGGCACCGAAACGAACUCAGUGUUUAAUUAUUUAUUUUAGUAAAUGUGUUAUCGGGCGUCAGUGUACCGAACAAGUGAGGGGCUCGGAAAGGACGAGUCUCUGGAGAAGGGAAAGCCUAUACUCGUCCCUCUUCACCUCUCACCUGUUGCCCGGUGAUCGACCUGGUUACCGGACGACCGCAUGCACUCAUGUUGGGACUCGAUCCCAGUUGGACGGAGUAGAGAAAACCUAGGAAAAGCGCACGCUUUUAUUAUUUGUUACGUACAAAAGGCACGAGUGCAUGAGUGAGAGAUCGUGGUGGUCGAUGUGUUGACGUGGAAUGCACGGAUCGGCGAUUCGGACGUUGUCGGAGGGAGCGCCACCUCCGCCUCCACCCCCGCAUCAUCUCUAUCACGCACCACCUUCGGCUCGCCCUCCACCCCAUUCCUCUCCCAUCCACAGGGCUGGAGUUGAUGGGACAGUGACAGGAGGAAGCCGGGGACGAGGAGAAGGAGGAACCCCCUACAAGAAAUUGAGUCAGGCUCAGAAUCAUCGGGCGAGUGUGGCAGCAGCAGCGGCGGCGGCGGCGUAUAUGUACGCCCUGAACCCCGGGACCCCGGGUUCGGUCGAGACACGGCCCUAUUUACCCUCGGGGCCUCCGACUGCCGCUGUCACCAGAUAUCCUCCACCUCCUCCGACGGGUCCCUCUCUCGUCUAUUCGACCAGGGGGGACGUGACGUCUGGGGCACCCACCUAUCUCCAUCCCCCACCGCCUCAUCCCAAUCCACCACAGCGACAACUUCCCAAAGACAUGAUAUACCAGGGAGGGUCACCCCUAAAGAACAUGGGGAAGAACCGGGAAAAGAAGGACUUGGGAGAUGGGGAAGAAGACAGGAUGGGAUAG